ACUCUCUCUCGCUCGCGUUUUUGUCCGUAGAGACAGGCGGCUGCCAUUGCUUUCAGCAGCAUACCCGUCGACGUCUCUCGUAAUAAACCCCUGCAUUAGCGUCCCCACCUGGGUUUUUUGGUGAUCCGAGCCAGCCGUCUAUUCUCUAUUCUAAAAAACUAGUGUUUGAGCUUGUGAAAGUGCAUGUAUGGAAAUGUUGACUAAGGAGCUGUUCUUGGGAAUGGCCGCUACUGCACUUCACCAAGCCAUUGGUACUCUUUACUCCCAUGGAUGCUUUCACCAGGACCAUGGAACUGCUUCAUUGCGCUUGGUCUCCAAUGGUUUUAGAGUUGACAUACGGCUCUUGAGAAGUGAAAGUUAUCAAUCUAGAAAGAGGAAUCUUGUUGUUUCUCAAGCCUCAACUUCUCCGACUUCAGUGUCAAACCCAGUUUCAUCCCCUUCAAAGAAUGCCACAACCGAAUCACGAAAGAAAUCAAAUGAAGCGGCUUUGAUUCUGAUUCGACAUGGCGAGUCUUUAUGGAAUGAAAAGAACUUGUUUACGGGUUGCGUAGAUGUGCCAUUAACCCAGAAGGGUGUGGAAGAAGCAAUUGAAGCUGGCAAGAGAAUCAGCUACAUACCUGUCGACAUGAUCUAUACAUCUACCCUGAUUCGCGCGCAGAUGACAGCCAUGCUUGCCAUGACGCAGCACCGUCGCAAGAAGGUGCCUAUCGUUAUGCAUGACGAGAGUGAACAGGCAAAGUCUUGGAGUAGAAUUCACAGCGAAGAAACCAAAAAGCAAUGUAUUCCGGUUGUCACAGCUUGGCAACUGAAUGAAAGAUUGUAUGGGGAACUACAAGGUCUUAACAAGCAGGAAACAGCAGAUAGAUAUGGGAAGGAGAAAGUUCAUGAGUGGCGCCGUAGUUAUGACAUACCUCCGCCUAAUGGUGAGAGUUUGGAAAUGUGUGCUGAGAGAGCCGUUGCUUACUUCAAAGAACAUAUUGAACCCCAAUUUGUAGCCGGAAAAAACGUAAUGAUCGCCGCCCAUGGAAACUCAUUGAGGUCCAUCAUUAUGUAUCUUGACAAAUUAACUUCCCAGGAGGUUAUUAGCUUGGAAUUAUCAACUGGGAUACCUAUGCUUUACAUUUUCAAAGAGGGAAAGUUUGUGAGAAGGGGAAGCCCUGCUGGGCCUUCCGAAGCAGGGUUUUAUGCCUACACUAAGACCUUGGCUCUCUACAGGCAGAAGUUAGAUGAAAAGUAUCAGUGAUGCUAUCAGUCAGAUUUAUCAGUACUAUAUUUGAUGUGAAAAGCUGUUUUGCGCGAGGAUGGUUUCUGAAACCGCUAGAUACAGUUGGUGGUAAGGUUAUAAAGCUGGAAACUUGCUCUAUUGUACGUGUUGUAUGUGUCACAGUAUAUGCCUAGUUUUGCUCGUUUAGUGUUUAGAUGUUUGAGACAAGUUGUUGAAGUUAUAUGUGAAAGAAACCGAAAUAAGGUGAUAAUCUUCAUCUCUUUUGCUAGUACUAGUUGAUGUACACGUGCGUUGCACGUGGAAUGUAGCGUGGAUGAGGCACAAUUAGAUGAUGUUUGCAUGUGUCUGGCAAUCAAAAACUUGCACAAUACCGUGUUUCAAUUUGUCUUGGGGGUAGGGAAGAUAUUGGGCUAUUUGUUAAAUGCGGGCUUGUUUUUUGUAAUUCUAUAAAGGCUGGCUUCUUCGUUUACUUUAUA